AUGGACACAGGCCAGGGGGCGGGCCUGAGCGACGCUGGUGACAAGGACACAAACCUGCAGGUGCUGUUGCAGGAACUCUGCCAGCUCCAGGCCAAGCAGAGGAAACUGAAGCGAGAGGUCGAGAAGCACAAGCUCUUUGAAGACUUUCUGAUUAAGGUCCUUGAGAAAAUCCCCAAGGGCUACAGUGACGGGGAGGAGCCGGAGGAGGCCCCGAAGGAGGGCCUGGUGGAGGCCCUGGUGGAGCACUAUGGGAAGCUCUUCACAGUCAGCCGGCUCGUCCAGAAGCACCUUGAGGCCUUCUCCAAGAUGAGCCGGGCCGUCCACCAGAGCCUGGAGGCCUUAGAGGAGAGCCAUGACGCUCUUAUCCCGAGCCUCAAGGUCCAGCUGUGUCAGCUGCAGAGGAGGUGUGACCGCAGGCAGUGGCAGCAGUGGCAGUCAGCACAAGAUGUCACCUACCAGAAAGACACGGGCAGCUGUAAUGUGGGAAGCAAGGCUGCUGCAGCUGAGCACCACCCUGGAGGCCUGAAGUCCAGCCCUCUGGCGCCACCUGGAGUGGGCAGUGCUGGGUUCCCACAGGCUCCUGCCCAGCCCCUGCCCCAGAACCAGCUGCUCAACUACCUGCACACAGUCAUCAACAACAUGGCCCAGCAGUGCUGUUCCUCUGCCCGCGUCCUACCUGAGAGCAUGGGCCUCUUCUCCAAGCUGGACCUGAUUCAGGAAUUUAUGUUGGACAAAAAGGAGACUAUGAGAUUUAUCUCACUGCCAUGGAACCCGGAGUGUGCUGCUCAGGUGAGAGCCCCGAGGGCCAGGGACUCGGAAGUCACCCCAGACCCUUCAGGAAAUGUCCGAGGAGCCAAGAUUUAAUCCCAAGGACACCCCUCCCAGCACCCAGACUUCGGAGGGCUCCGGCCGGUGC